AUGUCGGGCAGCGCAGGUUUCGACCGACACAUUACGAUCUUCUCCGAGCAGGGACGGCUGUACCAAGUUGAAUAUGCAUUCAAGGCGAUCACGGCGGCGAAUAUCAUGUCGAUAGGUGUCAGGGGCAAAGAUUGUGCCGUCAUUCUGUCUCAGAAGAAAGUACCAGACAAGCUCAUCGACCCUUCCUCCGUGUCGCACAUCUUCCAGAUCUCACCAUCGGUCGGCUGCGUCAUGACCGGCUCCAUCGCGGACGCGCGUGCGUUUGCUCAGCGUGCUCAGGGUGAGGCUGCCGAGUUCCGCUACAAGUUCGGAUACGAGAUGCCAUGUGACGUUCUGGCCAAAAGACUGGCCAACAUCAGCCAGGUCUACACGCAACGGGCUUACAUGAGACCCUACGGCGUUGCGACAACGCUCAUCUCAUUGGACUCUGAGUUUGGCCCGCAGCUGUACAAGUGUGAUCCGGCGGGUUAUUAUGUUGGUGCCAAGGGCACGGCUGCUGGACCCAAGCAGCAGGAGGCCAUGAACCACCUCGAGAAGAAGCUGAAGAACAAGGAUUAUGCCGAGGGUGGCUGGGAAGAGGUUGUCGAGCUUGCUAUCACAACCCUCAGCACAGUUCUGAGCAUGGAUUUCAAGAAGGGCGAGAUUGAGAUUGGUAUCGUCGGCGGCCCGUCAUUGGACGAUGAGGACGAGACAGUGCCUACGUUCCGGACAUUGACAGAGGACGAGAUCGAUGACCGGUUACAGGCGAUCGCGGAGAAGGAUUGA